CUCCCCGCAUGGGACGUCUCAAUGCCCCAAAACUACGGGCUGGGGGCGGAGUGACGACCCCGCGAGGCCCUGGAGCCCGCCCACGCCCCUCCGCCACCUCCGGUUCCCCUCCGCCGGGACCCUCCCCCACCCCUCUACCCGCCCGGCUCUCGACCCCACUGGCUCUAGUCCCCGCUCCUCCCCGCCGCGUCCGCCUCCCGACGUCAGGAGGGUUGAGAACCCGGAUGGAAUCAAAUGAGCACGCGCACGAGCCCGGUGCCGCUGCCAUUGGCCGCCGGCGAGGAGCGUACUGAUGACGCAUCAGGAAAAUACAGGAAGUGUGGCCUACGGGAGCCGAGUUAGGCCGCAAAAGCUCCCGGUUCGGUGCCGCCUGGGCGGGAGGGAAUGAAUGGGUGCUGAGUUGGGGGCGCGUCCGCUCUGGGGACAGGCGUUAAGCGUGUGAGCGGCCGCAGCAUGGAGGACGACGCGCCGGUGAUCUACGGGCUGGAGUUCCAGGCACGUGCUCUGACACCUCAGACUGCAGAAACAGAUGCCAUUCGGUUUUUGGUUGGGACGCAGUCUCUUAAAUAUGAUAAUCAGGUAACUAUUUUUGACAAAUGUAUACAUGUUAAUUGCGGACACGAGAUGCAAGAUGUGGCCCCCGCUGUUGUGGCCGCUGUCGUAGAAGGAGUGUUGGAUCCUCGCAGAUCAGUGUUCGGUCCACCUGCGACCCUGACCGAACGGAUUAACCUUGCCGGGCUUCAUUAUCCUCAUCACCAAAAUGGGGAUCAAGCCGUCUACUUUCUGUACCUCACAGGUGCUGAGGACAUUGUGAAGAUGUGCACUGUCCUGGAUCCUUGGGAAAUGCGCAAAAGGAGCUCCCCGUGGACCCAGCGUCUGAAGGGUACACGCUUCCAGUGCGGGGACGUGGGGGAGCUGGGCAGGCCGGGUCAGGGCGACUCCCACACUUGCCACCGCAGGGGACAGGUGUCGUUGACCCCGUGCCUGAACAGACCUGGCCUGGCCCUGGGCAGUUGUGUGGUCUUUCCCGGAGGCGAGCCGGACUGUGGCCGAGGCACAGCUGCGACACCCACACUGCAGCUCAGGCCGCAGGCCGGGGCUGUGAGUGUCCUCAGGUCAGGCCGCUCCGCCCACGCCCGGGCUGGGGGCCCCUGGCCUGUGGCGCUGCUCCCCACUCCUGCUUACUGGCUGCCACAGACACAGGUGCGGGGCCUCUGGCGUCAAAUUAAUGGGGCUUCCUCUUCCUGCAGUGUGGUGUGGGAGCCCACGGGGGACGGGAGGAGAGUCAUCUCGCUGGCCGACAGCCACAUCCUGCUAUGGGACCUGCAGGAGAGCUCCAGCCAGGCCGUGCUGGCUGGUUCGGCGUCCCUGGAAGGGAAGGGACAGCUGAAGUUCACCUCGGGACGGUGGAGCCCUCACCACACCUGUACCCAGGUGGCCACCGCAAAUGACACGACCAUCCGAGGGUGGGACACGCGGAGCAUGAGUCAGAUCUACUGCAUAGAGAACGCCCACGGGCAGCUGGUGCGGGACCUGGACUUCAACCCCAACAAGCAGUACUACCUCGCCAGCUGCGGGGACGACUGCAAGGUCAAGUUCUGGGACACCCGAAAUGUCACCGAGCCUGUGAAGACCCUGGAGGAGCACUCGCACUGGGUGUGGAGCGUCCGCUACAACCACUCGCACGACCAGCUCGUGCUCACGGGCAGCAGCGACAGCAGGGUCAUCCUGUCCAACAUGGUGUCCAUCUCCUCCGAGCCCUUUGGCCACCUGGUGGACGACGACGACCUGAGCGACCAGGAGGAGCGCCGUCCGGAGGAGAAGAGUCAGGAGCCCCCGCAGGACAGCGUCAUCGCGACCUACGAGGAGCACGAGGACAGCGUGUACGCCGUGGACUGGUCGUCCGCCGACCCCUGGCUGUUCGCCUCCCUGAGCUACGACGGGAGGCUCGUCAUCAACCGGGUGCCCAGGGCCCUGAAGUACCACAUACUGCUGUAGCGCGUCCCCGGCCGUCCUCGGCCGGCUCUCCCACCCCCGCAUCUGUUCGGAGGCGGCUGUCCCCACAGGCCGCCCUCCGGGAACCGGCCUCACCUGCGUCCGCCGCGGGAGCCCCCGCGGCUGCGCGGCCGGGCCUCGGCGAGGUGCCCCGUCUCUGGGGAUGGCGCCAGGACGUGCUGCCCGUCGGUCACGGUUGGCCUUCUCUGGUCUCUUCGAGGGCGCCGGGAGUGUCACUGAAAGAAAAUAGUAUCUGUUUCCAUAACAUUAACUCCCGUUUCUCUUGAGAUUAAAAGUAACAUAAGCAAGGCC